AUGGAAAGAAUAUGUUACAUAGGCGGAUGCGCCACUCUUCCCUCACCUCCUCUGCUCCACCUCUUCCCUCACCUCCUCUGCUCCACCUCUUCCCUCACCUCCUCUGCUCCACCUCUUCCCUCACCUCCUCUGCUCCACCUCUUCCCUCACCUCCUCUGCUCUGCUCUACUCUCACCUCCUCUGGUGCCCUUCCCUCCUCCAGAUGGGCAGCAAGCCACAGGGAACAAUCAUGGGCAGCAAGCCACGCGGAGCGAUCGUAUCGGCGCACGUGCUAAGCCCUUUCCCCCUCUCCUCUCUCCCCUUCUCCCAGAUGGGCAGCAAGCCACGGGGAGCGAUCGUAUCGGCGCACGUGCUGGCAAGGCUCAGGUCGUGGCGAGGCAGACACAAGCAGAGCAAGUCGCGGUGGGGGCAAUGACUCUCCUUCUCCCUCCUUUCUUUCCUGACUUCCUCCUCUCCCCUCUCCCCUCUCCCCUCUCCCCUCUCCCCUCUCUCCUCCAGAUGGGCAGCAAGCCACGGGGAGCGAUUGUAUCCGCGCACGUGCUGGCACGGCUCAGGUCGUGGCGAGGCAGACACAAGCAGAGCGAGUCGCGGUGGGGACAGGCACUUGUGAAAGUUAAAGCCCAGGCACCAGGUGAAGGGGACGCAGAGUAG